UCUCGCUGUUAAACGGCACACAAAAACGUCCGAAGCUAUCCGCAAUGUAAAAUGGCAGAUACUGAAAGAUUUUUAUUUACGUCAACAGUUGAACAUCAAAAUAAACAGUAUACGUUAACGCUAACGAAGCAUAAUUUAUAUUGGGAAGUUGCUAAUAAACACAAACAUCCAGAGAGCUGUGAUACGGAGCCGCUAUUUCGUCAUGAAGCCUCCUUAGAUUUACGUGAAGUUGUUGGAGUGAAAGCCGUUAAAAUUCCUGCCAAAUCCUCAACCCUCUCCUUUGGUAAGAAUGCAAAAGUCGACGAGAAUGUGCCGUAUUGCAUUGAGAUGCAGCCUAUUGGCCCUCUUGGAUUUUCGGUUGUAAUUAUAACCCGCCCUGGCAACCACCGAUGGCGCUGCAAGCAGGUCUCGUUCCAGUGCAAGGAUAGCUCCCUCUGUCACCAAUGGAUCACUGCUAUAAAGGAGGCACUUAAAAGUGAAGCAUUUUGUCGACCCAAGAAACUGGUUGUGUUUGUAAAUCCGUUUUCUGGUAAGAAGAAGGCAGUGAAACUCUACAGGGACAAAGUGUUACCACUGUUUGAACUGGCUGACAUCCAUGUAACCUAUAUUGAGACGGAGCGCCAGAACCAUGCUCGAGAUCUUCUGGUCCAGAAUUCCUUGGAUCUCAAGCGCAUUGAUGGGUUGGUGUGUGUGGGUGGGGAUGGGAUGUUCUCAGAGGUCCUCAAUGGCCUAUUGACCUUCACUGCACAUGAUCUUCACAUCGAGGAGAUGGACCGGUUUGAACCGGUGGCUCCAGAUAUCCGGAUAGGAAUCAUUCCAGCAGGGUCCACUAACACCAUAGUGUACACCACCACAGGCACCAGUGAUGUAGUCACCUCCACCCUGCACAUCAUUCUUGGUGACCAGAUAGGUAUUGAUGUGAACUCGGUGAAUGUGAAUGACCAGUUUGUGCGGUACAGUGUCACCUUGCUGGGGUAUGGCUACAUGGGGGAUCUCCUGAAGGACAGUGAUAACAAACGCUGGAUGGGACCAAGUCGAUACAGCUGGUCUGGCACCAAGUCAUUUCUAGCAAACAAUGCCUACUACGGUGAGAUCAAAUACAGAUUGUCCUCCAAUAGUGAUAGUCACCCUACAGACGCAGUCAAAUGUUAUUCAGGGUGUGAUAUAUGCUCCAUGGCCGGCCAAAGCAAUUCCAGAUCCACAUCCAAGGUUGAGAUCUCUGCAGGCAGAGACACUGAUCUACAGCUGGAUGAGCAAUCAGAUUUCAUGAAACACUCAAACUCCCAGAGUUCAGACCUGUCCGGCUCUUACUCUGACUCCAACUGGCGCACUGUGAUAGGCAAGUUUGUGGCUGUGAAUAGUGUGACAAUGAGUUGCAGCUGCGACCUCAGUCCGCCUGGGAUGUCCCCGUACUGCCACCUUGGGGACGGCUGUAUGGACCUAAUCAUGGUCUCCCAGUGCUCCAGGAUUGAGUUUCUUAAGUUCCUGCUGAGGACUGCCAAAGGAGAGGAGCGAAAAAAUCUGGACUUCAUCCAGAUGCACCGAGUCAAGGAGUUUUCAUUCCGGCCUCUCACAGAGGACUCGGAUCUUCUCAGUAUAUCAAGCGAGGAGAACAUCCCUCAAAGCAAGAAAGUCAAGCUGAAACGUCAGACAUCGAGAACCAGCGUCUGGAAUUGUGACGGUGAAGUGAUUGAUCAACCCAAAAUCAGCGUCAGAGUACACUGUCAAUUGCUGUUUGCCAGAGGGGUGGAGGACCCCAGUCUCCAAGAUGACCAGAAAAGGAACUGCUGUAGUCCCAGCUUUGACAACAGUUGA